ACGUCACGGAUCCGCAGCGACCGACAGAGAUGCUGAGGUGACAGGCAGAAGGAGAAAAGGGACGACCACAUUCAGACGGAUUUCCUCCACUUUUAUUCCUGCUCGUUUCGUGUUUUUUUCGCACCGCUGACACGACGGCCUUCACCUUUUCCUAUGGACGGUUCGCUCGCGAUGGGAUUCCGCUUCAUGUCGUCUCCGCCGCCUCCAAACGUAGAGGAUUUUUCGUAACCACACCCGGCUCUUCCUCCCUGGAUCAAGGAUUGGCAGCAAAGACCUGAGGUAAGCGUCCAGAAUCAGAGGGGGUCGUGCUUUUGCAUUUGCUUCUGCUGCCUUUGCUCUCGCUUUCCCGACCCAUUUCCCCCCGCUAGCUGCUACAUGCAUUCAGUUUGUUAUCCUGCAUGUUGUCAGAGGAUGAGGUUGCGUGGCCUGUGGUUGUGGACUGCCAGUGUGCGUGGACGCGCCUGAGUAAAUCUGCUGUGGCAACCAACUCGCUAUGCAACAGCUCUCCACAGCAAAGCCCACUGCAGAGUAGCUGGACCAGCAUGACAGCUUGCGUGGAAAACAUAUGGGGGUACUGCUGCAGCUGGCUACUCAUUGAAACCAGUCAACAGAGGUACUUUGCUGCCUGUCCUCCUCGAUUUGCUCUUCAAAUGAAGAAUUUGAGGCCCUGUUUGGGCAUCAUUGGUAGUAGAGGGUCAUUAUUAUACUUUCACUGCAGUCCUACAGUUCUUGUCCACAAAACACGAGUAGAAAUUUAAUUGUCCCAUUUGUCAUUUCAAUCUAAAAGUCAUCUACUUUGAUAGCUUUGGGUACAAAAGAUCUUCUAAAUCUUUCUGUCCUGCAGCGAGGAGAGAAGAGCCGUCCACCACCAUUGGUCCUUGGGUCCAUUAAGGUGUUGUAAAGUGUGUGAUCCAUGUUCUUAAGAGUAGUCUCCACCUUCCUCAGUGUAGAUCUCUCCGCCACAUCCUCCACAGAGCCAGCCUUUUUCACCGGUUUGUUUGGAAGCUGGUGUGCCAAAACAACCCUUCAGUUACCUCAUUCUUACCACCUUCUUAUUCUUAUCACCUUCCCUUCAAUAGUUGAUUAACCUGAUUUGUAAUUUGUUAACAGAGUAGGUCAGAUGAACACCAAACUACUCAAAUGUGACACCGUUAAGAAAAAUGCAUUGUCACUGAAAAGCUUGAUGCUGCAAGUCAUUUUCCAAACUGUGGCUUUUCUACACGUGUAACUUAAUAAGCCUGAAGUGGAGAGUCGAGGGCUUCAUGGUGGCUCUAGCUGCAAACAAGAUUUUAUGAUGUAGUGGCCGAUAGUUUGCAACAGAGCCAGGCUUUACUUUUGAUACAUGGCAAACUUUGCAGAAGUUUGAAAUCAGUGAAGUUUAUGUAAAUGUAAAUGUUCUUUAUUUAUACAGCACUUUACAACAACCCUUUCAGUGAACCAAAGUACUUUACGAAAGAAGAUAAAAAUGAAUAAAUAAAAGCAAUAAAAAAAGAAUAAGAUACAAUGCAAGAAAAUAAAGUGUCACCACACUACUAGGUGUUAAAAGCCACCAUAAAUAGGUAUGUUUUCAACCGGGAUUUGAAAAGGCUUAUUCCGGAGCCUUGGACCAGCGACUGAAAAGACUCGGUCACCCCAGUACUUGCGUUUUGAUCUGGGCACCUCCAGCAGAAGUUGAUUUGACGCCCUCAGAGCGCUACCCGGCUCAGGAACGGUUAAAAGCUCAGUCAAAAAGAUUACAAUCACUUAUUUCUUCCUGGAGCUGUAAGUUAUUAACAGGAUCAAAAUGAGACGUGCUUUGUUGAUAGUGUGAGGAAAUUAUGUGGUUAAAGUUUCUUAGUUUGGGAGAGUAGUAGUUGGUGUAAGAAAAAAAGACACAUUCAAGUCCUGAAGAAACUAAAUAUGUGUCAUAUUAUAAUAAACACAUAAAUCUGUGAAAGAAAACUAGUGUUGGAGACUCAUAAUGAACCAAUUGCACAUGCAAUUUAAUAUCAAUAAUAAAGUAUUUGCCAUUUACUAAUAGGUAGCAUGAAAGAUAACUUUACAUAUUGGAGCAGCAGGUAUUAAAUAUGCAUGCAAAGAUUUUUUUGUUGUUCUUUCGUCUCUCAUCAGUAUUUAGAGAUCAAAUAUCUCCAGAGUUAAGUUGGACUCCUCUCACGCUGGUUUACGUAGCUGCAAACCAGCUGCCUCCAGCAGACCAAAAGGGCACAGGCGACGCCAAGCUGCAGUCAGCACAUGAAAAUGGCACUGCACCAUCGUUGCCAUGGAGACGAAGGGGGGUCAGGAAAGCGUGAUUCAUGAUGAAACUGGUGCUGGUUUGUCAUAAAUUGGUUCAUUUUUUGGCUAAAAGACUGCAGCUCCUCCUCGGCUGGUUUUCUUCAAUGAAGGUGAUUUGUAUAGAGAAGAAGAAGGAGGAGGAGGAGGAGGAGGAGGAAGAUGAAAAGAACCAUGCAUUUCUCGGAGGUGUGAGAUUAGUCACAGCGUGAGACAGCCUGGCUUUUGCACUCCGUCAAUGUGUGUGCGAGUUUGUGUUCGAAGGCACGUGUUUUGGAAGUAGAUGUGAUGUGCUGUCAAUGGGCAAGCUGUCUGCCAUUCAAACUCACUGGUGCUGGAUGAAAACAGAGUACGACAGCUUUGAACCAGGUAGAAAGGACCUCCUAAAAUAUCCACUCCUCUUUCUUUUUCUUUCAGUUUUCAGUCAAAAGCCGACAAACCUUUUUCCAGCAGCCACAAACUCAUUCAGAGAGGAUAUUCUCAGACAUGGCAGCUUAAUAAAAGCAUUUACCUCCCAUCAAAGAGGGAAGACACCAGAACAUGGGGUGACCUUGAAGUAGUGACACAGCACUCACAGCAGAGCUUAUUUACAGUCAGUUCCUCUCGUCCCUCAGGGUUUAAAUGGACAUGUGCAGCAUGUUUCUUUUGCUCUGAACAACAUAUUCUUCUCUCAAAAGUAAGACUCUUCACCGAUGUUUUCUCUCUAAGAGGAUUUACAUACACAUGCCUUACAUUUCCAUCAGUUAUUGCCAAAAAAGGCCUCUAUACAGCAGAGGUUUGGCUCAGCUUUGUUCCUCGUCAUGCCUCUUUGGUUCUUAAAUAGUCUUCCAGUUUUGUGCAGAGGUUCACAAUCCCAAAAGGAUUUAUAAAUAACCGUGUUGACCCUCUUACUCCUCAUCCCGCGCCACCAUCAUCAGGUCAUGAUUGUUACUUCUUGUACUUUUGGUAUGUAAGCCAGAACUCAUGACAUUCCUCUGGCCUUGACUGUUUUCUCUGUUGAAGGCAUACUGAGCUGUAACUCUGUGCUAGUGGUAAACAUAACACGCUAUAUAACCAACAUGUUAGCAUGAUAUUUGAAGUAGGAGAGGCUGCUGGCUUUUGCAUUAAGUAGCUGCUUGUAUGGUAAUAAACUAGAAUAGAGGUGGUCUAUCUUUUUUUAGAGAUACUUAAUGGUGGAAUCUAUACAUAUUUUGACAGUGAAAAACACAAUGUUAUACUGCUCAAGAAGGCUAAUAGCAGUAUCCUUGGGCCUUCCUCUAAAACAGGGGUGUCAAUCUCAACUACAGAAAGGGCCAUAAUCUGGAUUUAGGUCUAACCUGAGGGCCAAACAGGGUCAUCAUUUCACCAAAACUGUCAACCUCCUUUUAGAAAAAUAUGUAACAAAAAUGAUUAUAAAUCAUUUGGAAAUUUAAAAUAAAAAGAAAAGUUUAAAGGCAAUCUGAGAUAGAUUUUUUAAUUUUUUAUUCUAUUGUUAUUUAUUAGUUAAAAAGAUCAGAGCAUGAUAUUAAAAAUAGAAAAACAAUGCAUGUAAAGAGCAAAUACAUGAGAAGAACGUUGAAAUCAGGUUUUAAAAGGUCAAAAUAUGACUUAAAAUUUAAAAUUGGAAUCUAAAGUAUAAAAAUGACAAGUUUGAAUACUGAGUUGAACAAAAUCAAAGCAUGAAAUAAAACACCAAAUAUUUUUUCCCACAUUCUUGACUAUUUAUCAAAUCUUCCUUACUCUUUAAUUUCCCAGAUUUUUGGUGGCUUAUUAAGGACAUUUUAAAUAAUGGUGCUUAAGUUUACAUUAUUAUACUGGAGGACAUCUGCAGACUUCAUACUGGUGGGCCAAUAAUAAUACAAAUAUGAUAUGAUCUUGUGGGCAACAUAUAAUUGUUCCACAGGCCAGAUUUGGCCCCCGGGCCUUGAGUUUAACACCUGUGCUCUAAAACUACAAUUCCAGUUCCAAAUGAUGGGAUGCUGUGUUAAAGUGUAAAAUGUGUAAAAAGCAAGUAUGACUGUUUGCAAAUCAUUUCAGGCCUGUAUUCAAUUAAAAUAGUGCAAAAAAUAUUGAAACAAGAAUAUUUUAUUGUUGAUGCUUUUUUGAAAUAUUCCAAAAAGUUUGGACACGGACAACAAAACACUGAACAAGUUAUGUAAUGUUAAGAGAGGGGAUAAAAAAGCCUAAUUUACAACAAGUCAGCCACAUGACUGGGUAUAAAAAGGGCAUUACAGAGAGGCUGAGUCUCUCAGAAGUAAAGAUAGGAAGACUCUCACCACUGUGAGGGAUUGUUUGAGAAAAUCAGCAGUUUGCCUCAGUCCAGAAGUAGUUUGAGAACAAUGUUACUAAGUGUUAAAGUGCAGAAAAUUGGGUUAUGUCAUCAGCUACUGAACAAAAUUUCAUUAAAAGAUUAAGGGACUCUGGGGAAAUCACUGAACAAAUAAAACAAAGCCAAAAGUCAGAACUGGAUGGCCAUAUAGUAUUCAGACCCUCAGAUUGUACUGCAUUAAUAAUAAUGAAGCAUGACUCUGCAGUGGGAAUUAUUGCAUAGGCUAAAAAGCACUUCCAAAGAGCUGAUCUUGUGUCAGUUUAAGAUGGACUGAGGCAAAAUGGAAAAGUGACUCUGGAUCAGAAGCUAUUAGAAAGGAGACCCUGAAGUAUUGGGUGACUAAAAUCAUGUAUCAAGCAAGAGUGGGACAAAUUUUCAAUAUCUCAAACAUAAUUUACUGAAGAUGUAAGAAUACUUUGUGACACUCUUUAUUGUGUUCAUUGAAGGUUAAUAUUGGGGUGUCUCUAUGCUCAUUGUGAAUAAACUAAAAAAAACCUAUAAUCUAGUUAAAAAUAAAGGACUGAAUAUUAAAGUUAAGAUUUCAAAGUUAACCAGGGUAGCACUCUCAUACCUCAUCCUGUCACCUGUGUUACAGCAUGCAUGUCAUUUCCUUUCAUCAAGUCCAACCACGCUUUGCCCUCCUCCAUCAUCCAACCUCACCCUGCUGCAUGAUGGGAUUGAUUGCCUCCUUGAUGUCUGGAUCAUGCCCUGGAACCAAAUAGUGUUUUGAAGGCUUGUUGCAUAACCGAAGACGCCCGGGUGCCGUGUGCAGAAUGAUAAAUCGAAAGUCAGGUUUCUUCGGGGUUUGCUCGGGGUGUUUGAAGACAGACCAAAGGAAGUGACGGCGUGUUCUCUCCUGAGGAAUGCUUAUCUCCGACUCUGAUGCGGAUGUUGUAUAAUACAGGAGAAUAUACACAGUUUAUCCAGGGGGGAAAUCCACUACGUCCUCAUUGUAUACUCUGUACGCAUUUUAUACACAGGAAAUUUUGAGCUGUAUAGAUACACAUUUCUUUAGGAGGGCUUUGUUUGUUGGGACUCAUGGAUGAACAAAACGUCAUUGACCUAUGAGCUAUAAAAAGACCAACUAAUGGGGGACAGACAGCAACCAGUUUCUCUGGCCCUUUUCUCCUUACUGGUUAAACUCCAAAAUUGCUCAAUUUAAGCAGUUAUUUGCCAGUUUAACCAAACUCAGCCUACAUAUCCCCAUUUUCUAGGUCGAAUUACUACUAAACCAUUAGGCUACGAGAUGCUACUUCUCAUUUGUUUAUAACCGGAUAGUAGAGUUUUACAGCAGUGCUGGUGCUUAUUGCGGGUGGCUCCACUACAGCUUAGACGUAACACACACUUUUCAGAUUUACUAUACUGAAAAUAUUAGUCAUUUGUUCAUCUGGCCAGUAAUCCUGCAGUGAAGGUGUGAUCCUGAUGUAAAAUUAGGCAGAAUAAACAGCACUCAUGGUCUCAUUAUACUUGAUGAGACUAUGAGUGCUUUCUUCAUUAGACCUGCCGCUGAGCUGUCACACUCGGAAGAUAAAUGGCAGAGAAAAACGACUAUCAGAUGAAGCCUUUUUGUAAUUUAAGGCGCAGAGAUUUUUGCCCGUGAGUUGGUGGGGUGGGUUUGUCUGGGAGAACAGCUGCUGGCAGCAGGUGUGGCAGCUGCGGCGAUAGUCAGAUAUCUGAAGGCUCCAGCCAUUUAAGCCAGGGGUUUAUCUUUGUCAUAACUUGGGCGACUGUGGGGCUUUCACAUGUUGCCCCUCAUGAAGGCCUUUUGCGUUGAAGUCUUUGCUGGUUAAAACACAUAAUCAUGAGUUUAAAAUUCUCAAAACAGAGCUCCACUAAUUUCUUCGUAAUUAUCCCUAAUCUUCUGGUACUUUGUGUCUCUUUAAGGGUUCUCCAUCAAGAUUAGAAAUGCCCGUCCCAGUCUAAGGUUUCUGUUUGCUGGGGGAAGCAGUUAGGACAGCGUCCCCGGUUCCACAGACGGGAUGAGCGGGGGAGCAGAGCAAGCCGACAUCCUAAGUGUGCUCUCCCUGGUCAAGGAACGAUGGAAAGUGGUAAGUGACACGUUGUUUGGUGACAAUAGGCGGUGUGUUUUUCCAGCUCCAUCACUGCCAGUCCCUCAGCUCAGCCUCUGUAAGACAAACAACACCUCUUUGUUGACUAAACUACUCUUUUUCAGCCUCUGGAUCUCUCUGCUUCCAUCUUAAGUAUCUUACCUGUGCUUUGGACAGUUUGGGGUCAUGUCCUGCUGUCCAGGUAGGCCUGCUGCAGUGUGUGACAUCUAAAUAUAGCCCAUGUAGCUAUUUGCGUCAGUGCAGUGUUCUUUAGGUGGCAGCAGCAGUGUUUCUUCCGAGGCCCAUGUCUCUUUCUCUCUCUCUCUCUGUGCUGUGCCAGCCAGGGUGCCAUGUGAGCCUGUUAUUCCUCACUGGCAGCACUGGCACCACUUCCUGUCUUCUAAGGAGUGGAGUUACAUAACCGUGCUGCAGCUAAUCCUACGACUUUAGCUCUGAGUGCGACACAAGACUGUGUGAGAGUGAGUGAGUGGAGGACAGUGAAGGACACGUGGGGAACGUAAAGCUCUGCGAGCGCUAAGAAUGAGAAGGUACAAGCGUGGGCGGCUGUUUGAAUGAAGGAAAAGCAGAGGAGAGCAAAGUGAAAUCUUCAACAUACCUUUCACUGAGUGUUUUUAUGAAGAAGAUGUGCUCACACUUUUGCUUUAUCUGUGUUAACACAAGAAUAUACUUGCAUUUUUUAGUGUAUUGAUUAGUCUUCAAGUGAGCUGUCAAACUAAAGUGAAAUAAAAACUUUAAGCAUCUGAAAUGUAAAGACUUCAUCUUUUUCUGUUCUUUUAUUUUGUUUGAAUAAACACUAGGAAUGUCAUUUGAUCAUUUUGGUGUAAUCUUUUCUCCGUUUUUAAAAGAUCUAAUCAUUUUUCAUCUUGCUAGAAAAUAAUAUUUAGUUUGAUCUUUAUUGAAAAAAUAUGUAGUUGCACCCCUGCUGUUUGGUAACUAAAGAUAAGUGCUGCAACACUCAUUUAAAGCUCUUAGACGAUGAGAAUCAGGGUUGUUAUACUGAUAUAAAUCACCAGUUUGAAUAAGAUGCAGUCUGUUUUUAGGAUCCACCAGCUGGGAAAAGGUUUAAAUUCAGUGACAAUGCCUAACAACGUCCACAAUGUGUAGUUUAUGUGCAACCGUGAAGUUCUUUCUGGUUCUUUUCAUUUUCACCUUGGCGUCUGCUAGUGUGGUCUUUGAGUCCAGCCUAUUGUAUCUUUGAUCGCGAGGUACCAACCUACAGUCGGUGACCACUACUUCCACCGGUCUUAAACUGAGGAGUCAGAUCAGUAUAUAGGAUGCAGCCCAGAGUUAGAUAAAAAAAUACAUAUAGAACUAGGGGCGUCCAAAUACAACUUUUUGACUUUGACCGGUACCGAUAUUCACACAAAAUUGUGCUUGACAAGUUUUUCACUCAGCUGCAAUGUAUUUUUCAGACUUAAACAAAAAAUACCACCACAAGGCCAACAUCACUCUUACUCCUUGCAACUUUGUUAGUACCUUAGUACACUCUGUUGUUGUGAUUUUGUGGGCUCAGUUUGCUGGAUCCGGGCGCUGCUAGAUAGAGGUGCAGGAGCGGAGUCUGGAAUGGACUGCUUGUAUCGGAGUGCUGAUAUCAGAGAUUUUAGAAGCAGGCCGAUAUAAUCUGAUAUUCAUUUUUUUUGCUGAUAUCAGACCGAUACCCGAUAUGAAUACCAUAACAGGACAGUCCUAUAUAGAAGUCUGUAUUAUGUUAAGAAUUUAAAGAAAUCUGUUUAAGUAUGGCAGGACGCCUGUGUCAGAAAUGAAGGACAAUCAUCGUGAAUGUUGUACUUCGCUUUGCUGUGAAUUCUCAUUUAAUACGUCAACCUUUCCCUCUAGGUAAAGAAGAUCGGGGGUGGUGGAUUUGGGGAGAUCUACGAGGCGGUGGACCUGCUGACGCGGGUCAGUGUUGCGCUGAAGGUGGAGUCCGCCCAGCAGCCCAAACAGGUGCUCAAGAUGGAGGUGGCUGUGCUCAAAAAGCUCCAGGGUGAGUCCAAAUGGAUUCAGUGGGUUUGGUUACAUUUGUGGAGACGAUCAUCGAUCUUCCUUGACACUGUGACCUACUGAGUCUCCCUGAGUGGAGGGGAGAGAAAUUCUUCUGAGAAGUGAAAUGUUUUCUGCAAAUAAUUUGUCCUGCAAUGAAAAAAAAAUAAAAAAAGAAGCAGACAAAUCAGGAAAAGGUCAAGUAAGGAGAAAAUGCAGGGAUGACCUUUUGUGCAUUGACAGCAGCUAUAAUACUCUCUGCCUCUGUGACCAGAUAUAGAUCAUCUGACUCAUCAGACUCAUCUGGAAACACAUUUUAGACUUCAGCUCAGUUUAAAAAAAACGCAAUCAUUUGGACAAAUUAUUCUGCAGCUAACAUUGAGGUUAUAAACCUGCGAGAUUGAGUUAAAAGCUUGGGCUGACUGUGACAGAACAUAAGCACAAGAGGAAGUGCAUGUUUGUGUUCCCGGACGCUCCCAACAUCGCACAGCCGAGCAGAGUCACAUGAAGGGGGGGCAGGGGGUUGUAUAGUUUCUCUCCUUUCUGUCUCCUUUUUUGUUUCUUUUUAACUAAAUCUUUCCCCCUCCCCUUUUCCUUCCUUUCCUUGAACCUUUUUCUUUGGUCCUUUUUCUCCUCCCCCUCCCGAGUGGAAAAUCAAUGGGCUGGGAUCAUGUUUACUGUCUAAUGGCCGCGGCCUGAGGCAUCAUGGGUUUGUUGCUUCCUCAGGGAAUCAGCAUGUAACUUUAGACAGGCUGAACUCCAGUCCUCCAAACAUUGCUGACUGGUCCAGCUGUAAAGAGUCAACAUCGACCUCCAGCGCUCAGAGAGGACUAAUGGUUCCUAUCCAGCUAAUAAUAACUACUCUGACAUGGAAGCAGAUUAGACGCAGUAUUAAUACGGUCCUCUAACUUUAGUAUGGAAAGGUUUUGAACACUGAGCUUUUGUAAGAGACAGCUUGUGUUUGAUGUGGGAAUGAGGAGGAAAGAUGUCCCACUCAGAUGCACAAUCAUGAGGCAUUUACACUCAUGUGGACCAAAUGUUGUGUACUCAAUCGCACAUAAAUCAGCUGGAUAGUUACACAAGGAGGCUUGUUGUGUUGAACUGAGUGGGUGAGCAGCAUAAUAAUGACUCUAAAUUCAUCAUGACUCAUGCCUCUUACGAUCACAUGAUGCAGCUGAUGUCAGGUGACCGUGAAGAGACCUCUGCGUCUUAAUAAACACUUUUAUCUCUCUUCUCUUCACAGGUAAAGACCACGUGUGUCGGUUUGUGGGAUGCGGCCGCAAUGACAGAUUUAACUACGUGGUGAUGGAGCUUCAGGUUGGUCUAUAAGGACGUCAUGCCUCUGACUUUGCAUGUUUUUAUCAUAGACUGUAUGUAGAAUGGACAGCGUCUGCCUCCUCGCUGGGUGAAGCCACCCUGAGAACAGCACCCUCUGGUGACGGGCUGCAGUAUAGGUCAUAAAUCCCACCUCCACCAGCCAUCCUUAUGGAGCUGUGGACAAACUUUAGAAAUUUAAUACACAGAAUAUACAAUUUUUCUCCCCCCUGCUUGAGAUGUUGACAUGUAAUUAUUGUAAGACUGGUUUGUGCUCAAGUCCUCUUUUUUCUGUACAGCUCCGUUUUUAAAAGUUAUUAGGGGGUUCAUGUUUUCUAUGAUUGACACUUGAUACAGCCUAUGGGCGUUCAGGGAUUGAGUAGCUCACCCGAGAGAUAAGCUGUUUGAGCCAUGCGUCAUCAUAGUGACUCUUUGCGACUCUCCUGCUGAAUGUGUACAACACUACUGCGCAAUGUUGGUUUCAGGAAAUGGAGAAAAAAUACUCGCGGAAGGCAGAACCAAGCUGUCCAUAGUAUAUACAGCCUAUGGUUUUUAUGUUAGUCACAAGAAACUGAGCCAUGUAUACACGAUAUUCAAGCAUUUAUUAAAGUAAACAUGCUCGCUGUAGGAAGGCUAGAAAUAAGUCGGUACAAAGUUAAGUAUGUUUUUUGUCUUAAUGCAAAGUUGUAUUUUUUUCUACGUAUUUAAGCUAAAUGUCAGGGCAUCAGCAAAAACACCAGAUCUUGUCCUUCAGGGAACACAAAGAGCUUUGCCAAAUUUUAAGAAAAUCCGUCUGAUAGUUGUGGAGUUAGCUGUAAACAAAAAGGUGGAAAAUCUCUCAAAUCAUUAGGAUUCAUCCUCUGGGGGUCACGACUGUCUGCUUUGAAGUUAAUGUGCUGGACAGACUGACUGACUCUCUCAUCCUCUGUUGCUAGCAUGGCCAAACACCUCCGGCUUAAAGCCACGGUGCUCUCCAUGAGGAAAUUGAAGCAGCUCCACAGCAGACUUUUCAUCUUCUUUGUAGCCCGCUGUGAUCCACAGAGGCAUUAAAUUACUUUCAUUUCCAGCGUUCAGCACACAUCCUGUAGCGUAGUAUCAAAGCCGUGAUCGCAAAUUAGUCAGGAAUAUUCUGUGAAAUUGUUGACAGAUGAGGUUUGGGUGUUUUUUGAAGUGGUCUGGUUGUGAUUUUAACAACCAGCUCCACAGGAAUGUCGCAUUUUUGUGCACUUCCCCGACCACAGAGUGUCAAAUUAUAUGUUCAAGCAGCUGGAUUGAGUUUUUUCUGAGACUGCUGUUGGUCAGACUUAAAUCACUGAUGCCGCUUUUAGUUAAAACCUACACAGAUUUGUUUUUUUUUAUCUUUUGCUACAUGUUUAGUAACAGACCGAGGUCCUGCUGGGAUUUCGGAGACAGGAUUUUGUCACAGUUGAGUUAACCUAUCCGUUUUUUUUUUUACAAACUUAUUAUUCCUGUCAUCUCUCAGGGUCGAAACCUGGCUGACCUGAGGAGGAGUAUGACACGGGGAACCUUCAGCAUCAGCACCACACUACGUCUGGGGCGCCAGAUCCUGGAGGCUAUAGAGAGCAUCCACUCCGUCGGCUUCCUGCAUCGUGACAUCAAACCAGUGCGUCACAGCUAGAAAUAAAUGCAGAGAAAGCCUUUCAGCUUGGUUCUUUUUCAUUACCCAGCACAGCUCCCUCUAUGUAUUAUAGUCACAUGGGAGUAUUUUUGUUUCUAUUGUCUGGGUAGUUUAGUGAUGUGUCUAUCUUUUUUUUUCCAGCUGCAAAUAUUGUUGCUGAUUCACUGGUACUGAUACUGGAAAAAAAUGUUUAUCUUGUGUUCUGCCAAAUGCUCUCAUUUAUAUCCCCCUGAGCAAAUUUAAACAUGAAAUUCAAUUGUUAUGAAGUUUGAUGUAAAUAAUUUUAUGAUUUUGUGUUUUCCCGCUUUAGUCAAAUUUCGCAAUGGGCCGCUUCCCAAGUACAUGUCGAACCUGUUACAUGCUGGACUUCGGUUUAGCUCGCCAGUUCACCAACUCUUGCCAGGAGGUUAGACCUGUAAGUAUUCCUCCUUUUUUUGAGUAUAAGUUGAUCUUCUGGUGAUUUUCUUUUUUACGUCUUCAAAACUUGGUUUUACAGCCCUAAACUCUGAUUUAAAAUUUUUCUUUUUUUUCUGAUUUUCUGUUUUCCAACUUUAAGCUACCUGCCUCUCAAAACCCAACUGAGACAGACUUAUUAUUGCUUUAACAUGGGGCUGGGCGAUGAAACGAUAACGAAAUAUAUCAAAAAUUAAUUUCCCUCAAUAUCAAAAUAAAACAUGGUCAAUAUAAUAUCCAUAUAAAACAUUGUGCUUUUCGAUAGUCGCCAUUCUGCCAUGUUCUGGUAGACUAUACGAAUAGCCGGUGAGAAGGGAAGUUGCUCCGGGUCCACUUCGAGCAGAACCAAUCAUGUGCUGAAUUAGAACCAAGUAGCAAACAAUUGUGUAGUAGCAGACUGCAGCUACACACAAUCAUACACUGAGAAAACUGAUACAAGUGAAGUCGACAGCACUGUUAGUGAGACAAAAAGAAAAUGAGUGCUACCCCUGGCAGAAAUGCAGAUGAAGGCUCAACAGAUGACGACAUCAUCGACAACACUGGCACGAAAAAGUUGGUGGUGUGGAUAUUUCGUUUUUUUGAGGUUGGACAUGGAGUACAGUAAAGUGCACUGCAAAUUAUGUUGAGUACAUGUUCUCGUAAAGUCUGGGUAUACCCCAAAUCUUUUUCACCACCUGAAGCAGUGCCAUGUGGCAGAGCACGUGCAAGGCAAAAGGUUACAAACCCGAGCGAAGCAAGGAGCUCAUGGCGCCUGUGCAGCCGAAACAGAAACAGUUUAUUUUCUGUUCCCAUAUUUUUUCCCAUAUUGCCCAGCCCUACUUUAACAUGACAUCUAAUCUUCUUCCAAAUGUCUUAACCUCUGGCGUUUUCCUUUUUUGCUUGUCAGCCCCGUCCAGUGGCAGGGUUCAGGGGAACAGUCCGUUACGCAUCUGUCAAUGCACACAAGAAUAAGGUCAGUCUCCAUCUGCCCUGUGCCUCAGCCUUUCUUCCUUUUAAGUGUUUGAUCAUUUAUUAAUUUAGAUAAAAGUUAACCAAACCUCUCUGUGAUCCUGCAGGAGAUGGGUCGCCAUGACGACCUGUGGUCUCUCUUCUACAUGCUGGUGGAGUUUCUCGUCGGUCAGCUGCCAUGGAGGAAGAUCAAGGACAAAGUCAGUCAUGUUCCUUGUCAACUGUAAUAACUCUGCCCUGAUGGAAGUGUGGGAUGAGAUCUGACAGAUGUGUGUGUGUUUGUACAUCCUCUUCUCAGGAACAUGUGGGGAAGCUGAAGGAGACUUAUGACCAUCAUCUGAUGCUCAAACACCUGCCGGCAGAAUUUGGGGUUUUCUUGGACCACAUCUCCAACCUGGACUACUUUACGAAGCCAGACUAUCAGGUGACACAGGCGUCUCAUUUGGAGAAUCUUGAACGAUCUGCUCAUAAGUAUUCUGUCCUUGAGCCCAUUUUCUGUAGGAUCUCAGAAUAAAACUAACAUCCUGGUAAAUUUGUGUUGCAGCUUCUGAUGUCAGUGUUUGAUAACAGCAUGAAAACCUACAAUGUCGUCGAAAAUGACCCUUAUGACUGGGAGCGGACCGGCACAGAUGGCACCUUGACAAUCAGUGCUUCUGCAACGACACCACAACAUCACACUCGCCUCACUCCAGCACACAUGGGGUACGGUUUCAUGACGAUAAUUCAUUUCAGAAAAUGAACCGUAGCUUCAAAAAGUAAAUUUUUCUUUUACCUUUUGUUGCGAACAGUAUGGCGAAUGCUUCCCUGAUCCCUGGCGACCUCAUGAGAGAAAACACAGACGAGGUUCUGCAAGACGAGCAGCUCAGCGAUGUGGAAAACAACCCUGCUCCAGAGCGCCUGCCGGGCUCUCCUCUGCACCCACACCGCAACCAGGAGGCUGACGUCUGGGAGGAGCUGGAUCGCAAUAGAAACCGCAUCAGGACUGCAGUGUGGAAGGCGAGUGUUUGCCUUAUGUCAUAUAUCUUUAGGUUAUCAUUCACUCGUCACUAACAAAACAAACUGGUUUCUGCAGGCGGGCACAGAGGAGGAACACAGCAACAACCUAGGCAACCAAGGACACCAGAGCCCCUACGCAGGGCCAAGCUUAGGUUCCCCGGUCAAACACUCUGAGGGAGGGGCUGCAGACCGUGAUGGCCCUCUGCUGAGGAAGCUGCGUAACAUUCACAGUUUUGAGCUGGAGAGGAGGCUCGGCCUGGAGUCCAAACCGAGCCCAGAGCGUUUCCUAGAGGCCAGGUAUGUUGAAGAAAGCUCAGAUAAGUUGAUUUGUAAUCUUUGUCAGAAAGGAGUGGAGCUUUGUUCGAAUCCGUUCUGUGUCUCCUCAGCCCAGCAAAGCAGCAGCUCGGCACCCAGCACCAGGAGAGAGAGGCUGGCGGGGCUGCGAUCAUCCCGGUAACUCAGGGUCAGACUGUGCCGACCGGGGAGCGUCCUGAUAGGGUCUGGCACUAUGAUGAGGAGUUCCGGUCUGGUGGUGCUUCUCCUAAGCCAGCGUCCUCUGGAUCUCUGGAGCAGGGGGAGGGGGCGGUCGACAGCGGGGGCUUUGUGGCCCUCAAUCUGAGCUCUGGGAGGCAGGACAUUGACUCAAAGGAAUGGGUCAUGGUGGAGCGGCCUACUGGCUCCCCAGGAGCUAAAGUUACGUCCAGCCCCUCAGAGGAAGAUGACGAGCCGGAGGUGCUUCAACCAGGGGAACAGUCUCCUGGGUGGGACAAGGGCAGCCCAAGCCCUGGUUCUGGUAAAGUUAAACAAGAAAGCAUGGUUUCCUCCAAAGGAAGCGCUAAGGUGGACAAGUUGGAGCUUAGUGUGGGUCCUGCUGGGGCUCUGCCCCCCAUCACUCCCACCAGCCCAGCCGAGGCUCUGGCUGAGGGAGUUCUCACCCAGGUAACCUCUUUUUACUUUGCAGGUCAUCUUACAACAUUACAUACAUGAUACUGACUGUAGUCAGCGUUUUUACUGAGUUAAAAAGCUGCACAGAGUUAUAGCUAUUGAAGCUCAAUGCUAAUAUAAAACAGUCAGAUUUUCACCAGCUGCAUCUUGUUGUAGUGUGAAGCUAAGUGUUCCUGCUCUGUGUUUUCACGCUUCUUCGCUUGUGUUAGAAAAACUAUAUCUGUGUCACACAACUGCAGAGUUGGUUAUCAGAUCACAGCAUGGGGGGGAGAGGAGAGCUUAUGGCUUUGAAAUGCACUUUGAUUUGCAAAAUAAUUCAUGCAUAAUUUGAUCAUAUUUGCAGUCAUUUCAAAUGUGUUUGAUUUGUUUUAUUUACCUCACAAGCUCAGUUAUUUUAUUAAAAACUCUUUGGUUUGCUUGUUAGAUAACUUUAUUUUUGCUUAUUUUAUAAAUCCACCAAAUUGACUUUAGAAAUCCUUUGAGAUCACUAUGAUUGUCGUAGAGCGAGAUAAAAAGGAAUAACUGUUUCCCCACUUUCUCUACAACCAGAACAACUGCCUCCAAGUUGAAAAUGUACGCUGCAUUCCCAAAAUCAACCCAUCUUGCCUCUUCCUGUCUUACUUAUCUGUAGUGGAUGACCCUCUAAUCUUGAUAACCCCCCUGAUACCUGUUCGAAAACAACUCGUCGCCUUACUCCCUCCCUACAGUGCUUCUUAGUUUACCUUCCUCACAGUACUUCCACCAUUCCUCCUCCAUCUCCUCACUCCCUCGCCGAUUUCACAACCCCUCCUUUCUUCACCUCCCACUUCUCUCCCUCCCGUCUCUUAGCUCCCCACCUCUCCUCCGUCCCUGCCUGAGGAGGUUGCAAUGCGGACAUCCAGCCCCAUUCCUCUGCGCUCUCCCAGCCCUCACACUCUCCUGACCACUCUGUCGGACCCGCUGCAUCUUCGUCAGCCGGGCUCAAUGAGGCGCAGCCAGUCCGCUGAUCAGCAACCGCAGGAGCGUCCCUCCUCUUCCUCUUCCUGCCACGCCUCCCUACCACUACCACCCAACCCCGCCCCCAGCACCCGUUCGCCGAGUCGCCGGAAACUGCCGGCCAUCCCGGCGGGUGCUGCGAACACCAAGUUUCCCUCCGUCAUACGCAUCACCCGCGCCCAGCUCCAGCAGGUGAUGAGCCUAUCUCGUCCCUUUAAACAAAAAAACCUCCAUUCAGCUUCCUCUGCAUCAGUAGUAACCCACCGACUGUCUGCGUUUUUAUUCAUCGCAUUACUUUGUUGUUUGUUUAAGUUGCUUAUUUUGUCUUCUUUGUUCAGUUGGCUUGCUCUUUUGUGUUGUCGUCAGGCAGCUCUCCCCAGAAAACCAUGAAGGGGGCAUUGUGCAGGGCCAGGCAGAGCAUGGGUCAGAUGUGUCCUUGUGUCUGGACAUGUGUUCUUGUGAUCUGAAUAGGGGGUGUGUGUUUGUCAGAUUGUGGCAUGUGUGUUUGGAAUGUCGAGUCAUGACUACAGGUUGCAUGGUCUCUUUUGUUUCAGAUCGUCUUUGUCCUCUCUAUCUUUCUCUUCCUCUCUCUCUCCCUGUAUUUGUUCCUCACCCUCUCUUCGCUGAAGCCCCCUGCGAAGUUGCGUGAACGUUUCCUGUCCUACUUGCUGGUUUAGUACUCACAGCUUGACUGACACUGCCAUAGCACUUGUGUGUUUCGGUCUGAUAAUGGUAGCUAUGGUAUUGCAUGCUGUUGCCAAACUAAUCACCAUUUAUUACCCCAUAUUAUGAAAUUCUUCUCUUUUCAUUCAUCUGCAUCAGGCUCUUGCUACAGAACUACAGCACAACUCGACAUGUUGUAGUCUAUCAGCAACAGGCCUUUUACUAUUAGCAUAUUUUUCCAAGUUUUAGUGUGGUUUAUCUCCUUCUAAUAUGUUUGUGUUUCUCUUCCCUCCCCGUGUCUCCACCUCCCCCCUCCCAUCCAGUUGACGGCUCAGCGUCCCUCUGGGCUGUCCUCCCAGUCAGGAUCAGACAGUGCCCCACAGUGCCUCCUGCUGGAGAGGCGAGGUGAGGCUGAAGCUGAGGCUCAGCACGUCCAGGAGCGCACAGCAGACAUCAGCUCCCCACAGGACAAUGUGCCCACUCACCCGGGGACGCCCACAGACCCCCUGGCUGAGGCGCUGGUUAAUGGGAACAACCAAGCCAAAGCUCAAAGCCCCGCUCCGAGUCGUGCGUCUUCCCCGCGCUCCCCUCGUUCCCCACGCUCGCCUACUGUCCGCUCGCCUUCCUCUCCGCACUCACCGCGCUCCCCUCGCAGCCCUGUGUUUGCCAACGGCCACCUCUCCCCUCCUGUGAUCGGCCAAAGAGAUUUAAGUAACGGGGCGUUCCCCAAGCUGAAAGACCCUGAGAACGAUCAUGGUCACACACCUCGCGCCACAGAGCUUCAGUCUAAGGACGAGGAGUGCAAAGAGGAGAAUCAGGUCCCAGAUCAGACAAGCGCUCCUGCCUCCUCCCCUGCUGCCCCCCGUAAGGACCCCAGCCGGAGGCAAAGCCGCAUCCCAGUCCUGGAGCCGUCCAGCCUCCUGGAACUCCCUCCUCCAGGGUCCGCUAAAGAGAAACUCCUGCAAAAGAAAGCGAACCACCAGGGUCCAGUACCCUCUCCCACCGCCUCACCCUCCCUCUCUGACAGGCGUGGCCCCAUGGUGGCCUCACUCGCCAGAGACCCGCUGUCCUCUAACUCUGAUCGCUCUCAGGAAGAGGACUCCCUCAUGGGCUCCCGCUCUGACCGCCAGGCUGAUGAAGCUCCCUCCCUCUCCUCCUCCUCCAGCCCUCUGUCUCGCAAGAGCCGGAUCCCUCGUCCCGUUCAUACGGCGUCUUCUGCUGAGCAGCUGGCUUCACAAUUCUUGCCCCGCCCGCCGCCUGGAAAGCCACCAAGCCGCUCCACAGUGGAAGGAAGGUAGUGUGUUGAAAUGCCUCUGAGAUUGAUGUUGAGAUUGUGAUUUAAUUUGUACAGAAAUUUUGCGACACACAAAGCUAAACAAACACAGAAACCAUUAGAAAAGUUUAGCAUAUUUAUUCUCUACAGUUUGAGCAGUGUCAGGCUAACUGUUUCCUCUUAUCACUCGUCAUUGCACUGAGCUACGCGCCGCUAAGCUUACUGCUGAUCUGUACUGACAACCUGCCGACCCAGGACAGCAGAGGGAUACUGAUUUUCUAACCUGACCCAGGGAAAAUGUGACAUUAAAUUUAACCUCCUUUGUUUUCUGAAUCCACCCAGGCUCAGACGUUACCGCAUUCGAGCUGGCAGCACCAGCGACUCAGACCUCUUGACAUGCCUUGCUCAGCUGAUGCACAACUCCCGAGGCUCCCCCCUCCACCAUCGCUCUUCAGCCCAGCACGGAGGCUCCAGGAUGGGCAUUUGCAGCCUGACCAGCUCUCCGCAUCACCACCGCAGCUCCAGCGCCAGCCCGCGCAGCUCCUCCUCCCUGCAGCGUUCUGUCAGCUCCUCGCCCUCUCGUCACGAACACCGUGGCGGCGGGGGAGUGGGUUGCUUGGGCCGUAGCCGUUCCCCUCCCAGCUUCUCCGGCUCGCCGCCUCCACGCCGCUUCUACCCUCAUCACCAGGAUACCUGCUGCAGUCGCCAGGCCCGCACGAGCCCCUUCCACCUGUCGAGGGGAAAGGGAUGUAGCCGAGAGGGCAAGUGCUCCAGCAAGUUGAGCAGAUAGUCACUCGGAAAGUUGUGCUGCCAGAAGGGAAGACUCCAAGUAUGAUGGAGUAGGAUACAGUUAGGAUUCAAACCUGAGUCUUCCUGAGCAAUCAGACAAAAUCUUGUGUCCCUUUUUCCACUGUCAGUUUGGUCUAACACUUAUCUCCCUCCGCUGGCACAUGGUCAGUUACUAAUGUGCCAAGAUUCAAAGGAUACUCCAGCUACUUAGUAGCAGCACCUGCAUGAAACUGUUCAGAUUUUAAGAGAUGCAUUCUACCAGAAAUGGUCGAAAACAUAGACUGUAUAUACUAUGGACAACUUGGUUCCGCCUUCCUCUAGUCUACAGAUUUAAAGCCGGAAAGCUCUCAGUAAUUCUGCGUUUUUUCUCCAAUUCCUGAAACCAACAUUCAAAGUAGCAUUGUGCACAUUCAGCAGGAGAGUCGCCGAGAGUCACUGUGAUGGCACUCGGCUCAAACAGCGUAUCCCCCUGGUGAGCUACGCAAUCUUCGUACGCCCAUAGGCUGUAUCGAGUGUCAAUCAUAGAAAACAUGAACCCCCUAAUAACUUUUAAAAAUGGAGCUGUACAGAAAAAAAAGGACCUGAACACAAACCAGUCUUACAAUAACUACAUGUCAACAUCACAAGCAGGGGGGAGAAAAAUUGUAUAUUCUGUGUAAUAAAUUUCUAAAGUUUGUCCACAGCUCCAUAAGCUUUGCUGGCGGAGGCAGGAUUUAUGACCUAUACUGCAGCUCGUCACCAGAGGGUGCUGUUCUCACGGUGGCUUCACCCAGUGAGGAGGCAGACUCUGUCCAUUCUAUAUACAGUCUAUGGUCAAAAAGUGUGUAGCAAAAGUGGAAAAAUCCUGACUUUUAAACUGAUUCUAACUUCAUAAUGCCACGAAAUAACAUGAAGCCUAAUUCUCUUCAACCCUCCCCCUUUUUUGUUCAGACUGAAAAUCACCCGCGAUGAGUUUGAAAUCUUGAGCCAAACAGUGAAAUAAGACAACAUGUGUACAACUGAUGGAAUUCCCCCUGAUUUUAAAAUGAUCAGAUGAGCAAAGGAGACGUAUCAAGAACUUUUAUUUAAUGUGAUUAUGUUGUAGAUGAAAGUAACAAGCUGCAACAUUCAAUAGAUUUGGCCGAUACCAGACCGUGACUAAUCAGUUGUUUUUGGGGCCCGUGGGCGCAUGAAUAAAUGAGUUAAUUCAUCAUCAUAUAUCUUGAAAAACAAAAUAACCUCCCUAUUUAUCCCCUUUAUGAAUGCACUUGGAAUAAACUGAAGAAAUGGCAGUAAAGCUGAACACAACUAACUAAGUAUUUGGCCUGAGGUUGACUCAGUUUUCUUCCUGUAUUUGGAGACAGCAGGCAGGGUAUUCUCUUUAAUUUAUGCUGUAUGUGAAUGCAUUAAGCCAGAAUCUGUGUACAGUUGUAUUUAUUGAAAUAUUUAUUUUAAUGCUUAGCGACGCUUAACUCCGACCCUCCUCCGUGUGAUAGUGGAUGUACGGUUUUGUGUCACUCGCACUAGUUUGAAACAUUUAAUCAGAGGCAUCACCCCAAAGUGAACCUUUUGUACAAUCAAUCGUGUAAAGCGCGCGAGGACACACACCUUUUUGUGCCUACUGUGUUGCUAAGAAGGGAUCAAAAUGUCACGCUAAAUGAAGUUAGGAUUGUCAAGUGGUAGUCGUAGUCGUAGCGGUAGUAAGCUUAAAAAAAAAACACAAGGUGCAUUACUGAGGGGUAAUGUUCAGACACAGACGUUUGUCUCAGUGCGUGCCUUGGCACUUUGGGCAGCUCGAGGAUUCACUUUGUAAUUGUUGCAGGAGCCAAAAUGGGACUGGUGCCAGCGGUUAUAAGACAACCCUUUUGACUAAUAUUCUUUUAUGUAGAAACAGUAGCAACACAAAUGUUUGUAAAUCAAACACAAUUUGAGGAAAGUGUUUACCUGAGGACAGAAGCUAAUAUUUGUAAUGAAUAAGAAGUAAACAUUUCAAGACGUCGAGGACCAGCGUGUGAGAUCUGGAUGGAUCUUGGUUUUACUUUGUAAGCAGUGUAGUCAUGCAUCUAAAGAGCUCAUUACCUAAACUCAUGGAGUAGGAGUAUCUGCAGAGGUGUCCUUCAGUCUCAUCCAGCAGUCAGUGUUUCCGGUCAGGAGGGUUAGUGGAGCUGCUGCCGGUUCGUUUUCUGAUCCGUUAAAAGUUUUCGGCCAAGAGCAAAGACAUCUGGAAAGCUUGAAGACUCCAAAAUGAGGCAACUGGACUGUGUACAGUUGAGAAGACGUUUCGCUUCUUAUCCAAGAAGCUUUUUUAAAAGAACUUUAAGAUCUGAAGAAGCUUCUCGGAUAAGAGGUGAAACGUCUUCUCAACUCUACACAGUCCAGUUGCCUGAUUUUGGAGUCUUCAAGAAAACCAUGACCUGGAUGAAUGAGAAUCUACAUGGACACAUCUGGAAUUGAAAUCAUAAAAACAAUAAAAAGUCAGUGUCUCCAUUGCUCUUCGGUGGAGCUGCCAAAUACUUUUGCUCCCAUUAUUAAAAAGCCUGAAUAUGGUUUAAUGACGACAAUGUUAAAAAUGGCCGAGUGUUUCUGUCAUUUUUUCGAAUAGUUAAUCCAACAAUUAGGCGAGAGAGCAGGUCAGAGUAGCCAGUUUUAUUUUAAUUUUUCUGCCUUUGUAAUUACACCAGUUUUAGAAUAGUAACACCAGUUCUUUUAUACACAUUAUGAUCUGUUGUCUGUUGCAUAGUUGUCUGAGCCAUGUUCAAAAUUAUCUUUAUUGAUAUCAGUUGCUAAUGGUAGAGGUUUCAAAACAGGAGUAAUUUAUGUUAAAACACCAAACACUUGUAAGCAUUGAAAUGGACUUGACAUGGGGAAACCCUUUAUGAGCCUGAUAUAUGGUUGGUAGUUAUUAACGCCAUUUGCGUGAACAGAUGUGACGCUAGCAUGCUGGCGAAUUUAAUACUGGGUCUAAGACUGACUAUAAUAUAUAUUGAAAUAACAUUAUAACCAAGAUAUACAGCGGUUUUUAAAUCUUGGCAAUUGGGGAAAUAUAAUUGUGCAUUUCUUUGGCGAUUGAACAGCUAUCUUGCAGAAUUAUUUGACAUUUUGUGGAGAUUUGUUUUUUUCUCCUCCUUGAAGGAGGAAGGUGAAGGAAGUAAAUUGUAAUGAGCAAUCUUACCACCAGAUGCCACCAAAUCCCACACACUGGUCCUUCAACUGUCCUGUACAUAUACAUUGACUUAGUAUACCAGGUCACUGUUGGAGUGAAAAUAUCAAAUGUGAAUUCCAGACCUCAAAGAACAUUAUGGUUAAUGUCAUUGCUAAUGGAGGCCAUAUGUACAUAUAUGUUUCUCUCACUAAAAUUAUUUUUCCUGCUUCCAUGUGCAAGAAUGUGCCCUUGUUUCUGUUAUUUAAUGAUAUACACUGUUUUUUUUCCCACAAAACAAAGGAUUCAGAGUUAGUUUGUUUAAGUUAAAGUAGGAUUUCUCACUAAAAAAUACGACUCACUCCCCUCCUCUUCCUCUGCUUGUAAGAUACUGUAAAAUAUCUCCAGCUUCCUCCCCGGCGCUUCUCUCUGCAUGCUCGACACAGGAAACUCCGAAAAUCAAAAACAUCUAGGAAGUAAAUAGAGACAUAACACUUCCCAUCAAUAUCUCGUGGAAAGUUCAACCCAGUUGUGACUUCAUUAUCUGCUGGACAAGCAAUUUUGAUAUGUGUAUGACAAGUUUCUGCACUGACUGGGGAUGAUUGUGUUGCUGAGAUGAGAGAGACUGUGUUUUUUAACAAUGCAACUAGCUGAGAUGCUGCACAAAGUAAAUAACCAGAGAUACUAAAAAGUUUGCUGCAUUUCAAGCACUUGCAUCAUAUGAGACAACUCAAGUCGAGAAGUGAAUUGCAGUCAUAGCUUGUAUGAGACAUAAUAAAUAAAUUGCAUUGCCAAAUAUUUUGAUAAAUUUUGCAUUAUGUAGUUUAACUUGAGAUAUGAGACAUUUGGAGGUGUAUAGAUGUUGAAUGGGUGCAUUGCUUUGAAAAUAUAUACGUGUAUUGUGUUUGUUCGAGUCAUGCAGAUCUUGCAGAUACCUACGCUAGCCUCUUGGAGCAGCUAUGAUGACUCAUCCUGAAGGCAGACAGUGUUCAGUCAGUCAGCCGCCUUAAUGUCUCUUCUCUGCCCCUCUGUGCGUAGCGAGGGAUGACUGAGCUUUGUCUGUGUAGGAGAUCAUUUUUCUCUGUUAGGCCGAGCUGAAGCAUGCAUUAUCGUGCCUCUCAGCAGGGCCGCAAAUAUCCCACAGAUAUCAGGUCUGCCGGUGGGAAAUCGAAGCUUGCAGUAUUCAACCUUUUUGUAACUGUGAAAGCUGUAUGCUCUGCAGCAGGAGUGUUUAUUACCUACAUUCUGCCAGCAAUGUAUCUUUGAAUUCUCCCACUUUCGAUGCUCUCUCUAUCAAGGCUCCCAGAUUUCAAGACAUUUCAGACCGCUGUUGUUGACCGCAGAGUUUUCUAAUAUAUCUGUAAGAUACUCAAAGUAAUUAUUUAAAUCGAUAAACAUUGUAAAACCAUAACAUAUAUGCUGACAAGUGUGAGUGAAGAGGACGAACAAACACUAAACUGUGCUGCUGGUUUUAGAGAGAUAAUCAGAUUUCCUCUCAUGUUUUAUUUUUGAUUAUUACACUUAAGUGGUGCGUAGCUGUAGUAAUAGUGAGAUCUUUCAGGGGAGAUUUUCUACGUUACUUUCAAGAGUGGCCUCUUCCUGGAGAUACUUAUCACAGCUUACCAGUAUCUACAUAGGCCAACUGAACAACUCCAGCUUUUCCAUUUUACUUUAAAAGCUGAGGUUAAAGCUAAUGAAACCUUUAGUGUGCACCGGUACACUUCUCAUGUCAUCAUAUCGGAUAACUUGUUUGUAGCCUUUAAGUACUUGACAGAAAUUAUUUAUUGUAACAUCGGCUUAUCCGCUCAUUCAUCAUUUUGACUUCAAUUGUUGAGAUUUUUUAAUGGUCGAUAUUUUUGUGUUGUAAGGUAUGUCAUGUUUUUGAAAUGUAACUGUACAGUCUCAAGGAAAGAAUGUAACAAAUGGGAGUUUUGCAUUGUAUAUAACUGUAAUUAUUUAUGUUUAUUCUAUCAUUUGUACCAUAACAAUGCCUUGUACAGUGUUUUUUUUUUCUUUUUUGGUUUAAAAUUAUUUUGUAUUUUAUUUUUAUAAACUGGUUAUAAAUAAAAUACUCAUUCCGCAUGCUGAUAAGAACUUGCAAAAGUUUCUGUUUUUUCUUUUAUGCGUUCCUGUCCCACAGUAAGACGGCCCUUGGUUUGAAUCCCAUGCAUGUAGGGGAGAGUGGGGUAAGUUGAGCCACCCCCUGUUGCUUGGAAAUGGUCAAAGAAAUUGAUCAUGUGACCAAAUAUUGAGGAGAUGGGUGUCAAUUCAUGGAGUCUGUGAAGGUUAGAAGAACGUGGGUGAAGGGGUUAGAAACAUUUAUCUCACCUGAUCCACUGCAGAGAGAGAGAUGAAGAAAGAGCUUCAAUAAACUGCAGCAAAAGAGGUCACUACAGCUGACUACAGUUGAUAAGAUGAAACUGAUCUCAGGCGUUUCACUUCCCUCUUACUCCAGUAACCAUGGCAACAGACAGGCAUCGCUGCUUAACCAUGACUACAGACAUGUUUCAGUGCUUAAAAAGAAGUCUUGUGCACCUCUGAUAAACCAUGAAAAAAUCAUAUAGAUUUAAGGUUUUUCAUUUUAUACACUUUGUGAAAAAAAAACAACAAUUAGCCGACAUGUUGUUGUCAAAAAGUUUGGAGCUUUUUUUAGUGAAUUAAAAAGUUCAAAAAAGUUACUGGAUUCAUUCUUAAGUUUGUCCUGUUAACUUCAAGAUCAUAAUUCAGUGCAAUUAACCCACAGAAUGAAUGUUUUAAACUGAGACAUAUGAACUGAUGUUAUAAACUGAGGCC